GUUGGAGAUCGAGUUGGUGUACGAGUUGGUGUUUGAGGUGAAGCUUGAGUUGUUGUUCGAGGUGAAGCUUAAGUUGAUGUGCUAGGUGAAGCCUGAGUUGAUGUUCGAGGUGAAGAUUGAGUUCAAGUUAGUUUUGAACCCAGGUACAAACUUGAAUUUUGAAAACAGGCUGCAAAAACGUGACUAAUUUUUAAUUUUUGCCCUGAGGAUAUGGCGUCCGAUUCCGAAGAUACGUUGGAUGGUUCACGACGCGAGCACAUUCAAGUUAGACGCAAGAGGAGAAGACUAGAGGUGCUGCCGCCAUGCCAACGACCAAGAAAGAAGACCCGCAGGAAUGUUCCAGCGGCAACUUGGUCUGUCGAGUGUGUUGCCCCAAUUGAUACUGCCACGCCGGUAUUUGAACGGCCUUCUGAGGUACUAGAAGGACAGCCAGUUCCACCGGUUGAGGCAAUCCCACCACAAGGAGUCACGUUCAACGAGGUACUACAGCUUAUUAGUUCUUUGCAAGGAGGGAACAAAGACAAGGCACAUCACUUAAAUAACAGUCAAUUAAAUAAUGUGGUACCAGAAUUUGAUCCCUCCAGCAAAGCGCAAAGCAUAGAUAGCUGGAUUCAUAAAGUUAAUGAAUGUGUUAAAAUAUAUGAUUGGAACGAGAAGCAGGCCAUACAUUUUGCACUUCAAAAACUUACGGGACUUGCAAAAAAAUGGUUCGAGUCUUUACCAUCCGUUGUAUAUAGCUGGGACGAAUGGCAAACGAAACUUAAAAAGGCUUUCCCCAACGAACAAAAUUAUGGUCGGCUUCUCGAAGAAAUGCUAGCUCGAACCACGCGUGCUGGUGAGCAUUAUCGUGAGUAUUUCUAUGAUAAGCUAACUUUACUAUACAGGUGCGAGAUCAGAGAAAAGAAGGCUGUACAAUGUAUAGUACAUGGCAUAUUAGAUAAGUCCGUUAGGAACGGUGCCCAAACUUUAAAUUGUGAGGAACCGGAAGAUUUGUUAGAUUACCUCAACUCGCAACGACCCCCUGACGUGUCUUUUAUUCGAAAGCAUAAUGAAGUCGGGCCUAAGCAGAACUCUUCUGCGAGUCCUUCAGACGAAACCCCUAUGACUUGCUUUAAUUGUCGCGAGAAAGGGCAUUCUUUUAUUAACUGUCCUCAACCUAUAGUAAAAUGUCAAAAAUGCCACCGGGUAGGUCACGACUCUGCAUCUUGCAAACUCAAUCCUUUACACCUUAGGAAUGAUAGCAAAAGUAGCAAGACAACAGUUGCCGAAGAGCGUAAAGUUCUUUAGUUUUUCUUAGACGCUGGAAGCGACUGACUCAAUACGUGGUUCCGAAGGCGAAAACUUAAUUUUGUAAAAUGUUAUGCGAAACUACCUGCAAUAACAUUGGAGGGAGAUGAGUUGUUGCAGGUGCCCUUACUGAUUGGCCAGAAUUUUAGAGUUACCUUUCCGUUACGUUUUGAAGGACAACCGCUAGUUGAUUUUUGGGAAUACCGAUGUCAUGUACAGGGCUUAUAGAUUAUUUCAACAAAUUGAAGAACUUUGUGGAGUCAUGUAAUUAUAAAUUGCCUGCUUUCUCUGAUCGAAGACCAAUAAUCAAACUCAGUUUAAUUUAUAUCAGAUUACUAAUUAACUGGUAUAUUUGCUCAAUGGCAGAGUGUUAUGAUUUUAUUCGUAGUCAUUUCUGAAAUAUAAUGAAAUUUUUACAUCAUAAUGCCAACUUUAAUUUGUCACAAGAUUAGUAUAAAGGUACUUACAAUUAGCUCGGUGUCAUAACUACCGUAUUGACAAUGUGCAACAGAUUAAAAUUAGAGUUAAAUGUGUGAGUGUGAAUUAGAAUGUAAGGAUUUCAAUUAAGUUUAUAUUAGACUGCAAUGUCACUAU